GGAAUGAGGGAAAAAAGCGGGAAGCGAGACAAGUCGACAAGCUGUGAAAACAAAAAAUAAUUCAUAAUGUGAUCACAUGCUGUGCUGGAUGAAUGGAACAACAACAACUAUAGUUUCGGCUUCCGAUCCAGAUUCUUGAAACGAAUGUGUUUGGGAGGAUUAGCUGGCACCGCAUGUUGAUGUUUGAUGUUUUCUAACUUUGAAACUGUCGGCCAAGUUUUUUAAAUUGCGGAAGCAACUCUAAACAAAAUGAGCUACGGAGAUGUGCACCGUCGGUUCCUCAAAGCCUUGAUGGCAAACAACAAUAUGAUAGCACAAAACAAGGCGCUGGAAUUGUACCUCGAUUGCAGGGAUGGAACUGCUGAUGAAGUAUCUCCUGAAACCCACACGGAAAAGACCAUUGUCAAAUUCAUUGACCAAGUGAAUGAGAAAAUCGAACCCCUGAACUUGUCCAUAAAGCUUGUCACAUGCGAAGCCACCGACAAAAAGUUCUUUGUGUUGCAUGCCAUGCAUGAAAAUGACCUCACAAGGCUUGUUGCCGCUCGACAGUGGGGUCGUAAUGAGAGAACUGUCCUGAAGACUGCGAUCAAAACCAUUGUCAGCAGCCCAAAUGGAAGGGUGUCUAAGGCCGCCUGUGCUAUGAGCUGCGCAGAUUUGCCUGAGAAGAUCAAGAGGGAGGAUCUAACAAAAGUCCUGCAGAAACUGAUCCAUGAAAAUUGGCUCAUUGAGCUGAACAACCAAAUAUACGUUGGGCCCAGAGCACUGGCUGAAAUGAAAAAAUACCUAAGUGAUGAGUUUGAAGAAAAAGCUAGCGCCUGCAAACUGUGCAAAGAACUCACAAUCAGGGGUUCAUCUUGCCCUUCAAGUUGCGGCGUUAAGGUUCACCAGGGCUGUCUCCAAGCUUUCUUUUCCAAAGCAAAGAACAGGAAGUGCAUGGGCUGCAAAAAGCCUUGGCCUGAAGAGCUGGUCGAUAAGCAGGAUGCCCUCUCGGACACUGAAGAAAUUGAGUAUUGAAUGCCCUUCAUUAAGCGGCUCAUAAUGUUACAUCCAAAUUUUUAUCAAUUAAUAAACUUGAACUAAUAUUUUCAUA